UUUAGAUGAUGGUGGAUUUACACGGAUCUGUAAAUUUAUUAGUUUGGUUUGGAGUUUGUCCCUGUAUCCUGCUAGCUGUCCUGAGCCUGAAGUCAUGGAGAAUUUUGACAUUGAAACGUUUAAUGGCCGUUGGUAUGAGGUACAAAGAACGUUUGCCUUGGUAGAAGGAGGACUAAAAUGCGCAACGACCGUUAUCACUGAUGCGAACAACACAAGAAUGAGAGCAACGUUUCGUCGAAAUGGAAUCAAUAUCUUGAAAAGAAGAGUAACAUUAAUGCGUGGGCAUCUACAUACACCAGAUGCUAAAACGCCGGCAAAGCUAGAGCUUGUCAUGGGUCCUUUGUCUCUUUUUCUACGUUAUCGAAUUAUUGACACCAAUUAUGAUGACUAUGCUGUUGUGUGGGGAUGUUUCGAGUCACCGAAGUAUAGCUCAAUUCUUGGACACACUGAAAAUUUGUGGAUUCUGUCCCGGAACAAAACUCUGUCAGAAGAUUUCAAAGAAAGGAUCUAUGGAUUUUUAGACAGUAAAGAUAUCAGCCGAGCUGGGCUAGUAGAGACGAAUUUUCAAAAUUGCACGGCGUAAAGAGCAAUCUCUUUGAGAAGGAGGAAGAAAUGUAUUCAUCAUUACCAUCCAAAUGAGAGUUCAACAUAAAGAGGAAAAUUAUCAUACAUUAUUUAAGAAUCAUCUCAUUUUACCGUUGAAAUAUUAUUACGUUAAUCUGUAAGCUUUAUAGAUAUUUAUCUUGUGAAACUAUA